AUGUCGUUGCGCGGGGUGGUGACCGGCACGGACGCGUGCACGACGAGCGACGGCGUCGGUGCAUCGAACCCGCUGUCGCGCCUGGCCGACGCCGUCCUCACGGUCGGAAGCCGCGGCCCGAGGGAGCAUGGCGGAGGCGCUGCUGGCGGGCAGGGCCUGCGCGCGGUCAGCAAGGGCCCGCUCGGGGACCUCGCGGCGCUGCGCCGCGCCGUGGAGGCUGCGAGCCAGCCGAACUCGACGGACUCCGACGGCACGGCGUUCCAGCCCAUCACGGACGCGGACGUGGACGCGUUCGCGCGGCAGCACGGGCCCGCGCCACCGCCCCGCGCGCCGGAGCCGGCGCUGCAGGGCAACCUGCACGCGUUCAUGCGGAGCUGCACGGAGCCCUCGGCGGCGGCGGCGAUCGACAGCGCGGCGCAGCGGCCCGUCGCGAGCGCGCUGCCCCCCGCGCAGCAGCGCGUGCUACGCGACCGUGCAUCGAUUCUCGCGCGGCAGAUCUUCGCGGACCAGGGCCCCGCGUUCGCCGACAGAAUGGUCUCCAGUCUGCUCCGGUCCGUCGGCGUCGACGAAAGCGCCGUCGACCGCGCCCAGAUGGAGGCUGCGUGGCACGACGCGCAGCGCGGGCCGCAACGCCGCCCGCUGCCGCCCGGGCUGACGAGCUACGCGUCGGAGCGCCUCGCGCCGCCGCCGGACAUGAACCGCCUCAGCGCGUGGGCCCGCGACUUCGAGCGGCGGAUGGCCGACCAGCACGCGCAGCUCCAGAGCACCGCCGCACCUGCAACGCGCGCUCCCGACGCCCCGGCGCCGGAGGCCGCGGCGAGCGAGCAGGAGCAGGUCGCGGCGGACCACGACGGCGCGCUGCGCGACGCCUCGCGCGCCCUCGAGGCGCAGCUCGCGUCCUCGGGCGCCGCGACGGCGGGCGGGGGGGGGUCGCGUUUUCUGCAGUUCGUGAGCAAGAUGAGCCGCGGGGAGCUCCUGGUGCGCGGGAACGAGGUCGUGGAGCGAGGGAGCGGCGAGGCGGCGCGGCUGGACGAGGCGGGGGGGUUCGGGGAGGGGUCUGCGAUGGAGCGGUGGGCGGAGGAGUUCGCGGGGGGGGUCCGCGUGCCGGUGGCCGGGGACGAGGUGGACGAGUGGGCGCGGGAGUUCCAGCGGUCGGCCGCGCAGGAGUUCGGGUCGGAGCACGGGGGCACCGGCGACGAGCAGCUCACCGAACAGUGGGCGCAGGAGUUCCUGAGUCAGCUCGACACGCGGACGGCGCCCCCGGCGCCGUACCCGUUCCGCGAGGACAACGCGUUCAAGGACAAGCACGACGCCCUCGCGCUCGGCCGCGCCCUGUACGAGCGGGGCCUUCUCACGGAGGCGGCGCUCGCCGUCGAAGCGGCCAUCCAGGACGCGCCCUUGGUCGAGGCGUGGCGGCUGCUCGGGGCCAUCUGCGCGGAGAACGACGACGACCAGCGCGCGAUCGCGGCCAUGCUCGAGGCCCUCAAGCUCGCACCGACAGACCCCGAGGUACUAUUGAGCCUCGGCGUCAGUUAUACCAACGAGCUGGACCCGAAGGACGCGCUCGGGCACCUGCGCGCGUGGCUCCGGUCGCACCCCGUGCACGGCCCCGCGUGCCGCGCCGCGCUGGACGCGGCGGCGGCCUCGGACUACGGCGUGGCCGAGACGGCGGACGUGUUCGCGGCGGCCGCGGCGGCCGCGCCGGGCGACGCGGACGUGCGCGUCGCGCUCGGCGUCGCGUGGAACCUCGCGCGGGACUUCCACGCCGCGGUCGUCGCGUUCCGCGAGGCGCUCGAGAUUUCCCCCGGCGACUACAGCCUCUGGAACAAGCUCGGCGCGACGCAGGCCAACAGCGGGGAGAGCGCCGCGGCGCUGCAGGCGUACCAGCGCGCGCUGGACCUCAAGCCGAACUACGUGCGCGCGUGGGUCAACAUGGGCAUCGCGCACGGCAACCUCGGGAAGUAUGACGAGGCCGCGCGGUACUACGUGCGGGCGCUGCAGAUGAACCCCGACGCCGGCGCGGUGUGGGGGUACCUGCGGAGCGCGCUGGCGUGCGCGGGGAAGUUCGAUCUGCUCGACGCGGCCGACGCACGGAACGUCGCGCCGCUGAGCGAGGCGCUGCCGCUCGGGUGA